AUGGCCCACAAGUCACACAGGCACAAGGCCCUCCAGGCCCAGCUCGAGGCCCAGCCCACCAUCUCCCUCAUCUCCCAGAAAACCCGCAAGCCGGAAACGACACCAGUGGAUGUCGACAAUGACGGAGAUGUCCUCAUCGACAACGCCUCCUCUUCAGCCGGCCCCUCAGACGCUGCCGAGGCGUCUUCCUCGGGAUUUGCCCCUCUGAGUGCCGCCGCCCAAUCUACUGUGCUCAAAAACGAGUUCAGAAGAGUGCCGAUUCCUCCGCACCGAAUGACUCCCUUGAAGAGAGACUGGGUCAAUUUGUAUACUCCUAUGGUGGAAAUGCUUGGUCUGCAAGUUAGGAUGAACACUAAGAGGCGGGCCGUUGAGAUCAAGACCUCUGGUCACACUGUGGAUUCCGGAGCUAUUCAGAAAGGUGCCGAUUUCCUCAAGGCUUACGCCUUGGGAUUCGAUGUCAACGAUGCUUUGGCCCUGUUGAGAUUGGACGACCUCUAUCUGGAUUCUUUCGAGAUCAAAGAUGUCAAGACCCUUCAUGGCGACCACUUGGCUCGAGCUAUCGGUCGUAUAGCUGGUGAGGGCGGCAAAGUCAAGUUCUCCAUCGAGAAUGCUAGCAGAACACGAAUAGUCUUGGCCGACACACACAUCCAUAUCCUUGGAUCCGUCCAGAACAUCAAGAUUGCUCGUGAUGCUAUCGUUUCUUUGAUUCUCGGUUCGCCCCCAGGCAAGGUCUAUGCUCAUCUCAAGGCGGUCGGCGCGAGAAUGAAGCAACGAUUCUAA